CACCUUUUUUGCUCUGAUCGGUUCCUCUGUCCUGUUUCAUAUCCGUUGUUCACUGCCCAUUAUUCCAUGUACAAGUAAUAGACCUGUCGCUGCUACAAUACAUCAAUGCAUCAAAGUCAAUAGCGUUUUGUCGUUCCUCUGCUGCGUUGGGAGAUCACUGAGCUGCUGGGACUGGACGAUACCUCCUGGACCUCAAAAGGCCUGGCGUGAUCAGUUCCCUUUCUUGGAGGGAAAGCAAUGUCUUCAACAAGUGGUUCGUCGAACCCUUCGCCCUCUUCGGAUGGUCUGCCACCGGCGUCCUACGACGGUAGUCACCUGCCCUGGCGCACUUUCCGACAAGAAGUCCUCGCACCACACCAGAUCCGCAUUCUCGACAGUCCGCCGAAAGACCGCAUCCCGGCCGCCUUCUUGCGGAUCGUGGAAGUUACAAGUCAAGAUCCGUCCCGCUUCGACAAUCAAAAGAAUUGCUUCUGGAGCCAGGUCACGGCGGGUCGCGGAUUUGGGCCUUCGCCGAUCUUCCCACCCAACCUCCUCCCCCCGUUGGCGAGCGAGUCUCAUUCGCGAUGCAUGGUCCCCUUCUUCGGCAGUCGCGAAGCCCUACCAGAGCGCACCAUAAAUCACCCGGCGCCCUUCUACGAGCUCUCCGUUCCUCGUCCCGGCCUGGGAUGUGGGUUUUCCGCCGCGGCCUUCACAGACGCAGAGCUGGCUGCCAUGCCCCUAUGGCUUCAAGCAACGGGGACAAUCGUGCAUUUCGAGACGGGGUACAUCGCCCCCGGCGCCUCGCUCUACUGUCCCUUUCUAACCUUUGAACGGGCGUUUGGGAAUAAGAAGCAGCGCGUGGAGUCAGCGAACAAUCAGUGUGCGAUUGCAGGCGCAUACUGCACGCGCGCUCUGCAGAUGCUGUACACGCGGGCACGCAGGAAUCUGGACGAGCAGGCGACCACGACUCUUACUGAGCUGCCAGUCUCUUUCUCAUGCACCAUCGACAACACCUUUGCGCUGCUGAACUUGCAUUGGAUUGAUCUGGAACAGGGGCAAGCAUAUUGCAUGGCGCCGCUUUGUCAGUUUGACCUCAGCAAGGACGAGCAUUUCGGCAAGUUUCUGGUCUGGACGCAAGCCAUUGGCGAUUGGGCUCUGGCUCAUGUCCUGCCGGCGAUCAAAGAGGCGCUCGAGAAAAUCCAGCAAGCCCCCAACGGAACUCCGACAGCUCCUUUCCAGCCGCAGUACAGCACCACACCCACGAGACUGCGGCUGGACACCGGCCCAGCCCUCAUGAAAGAUGAUCUCCUCCUCUCGUCCCUGAAGACGACAUUCGAAAAUAUCCCCUGGCGCUUUGAAGACGAGGGUUUCUCGGGUGUCUCAUCCUCCACCGCCUCCUGGGGCUCGCCCAUGGUGUCAGAGCAUACCUUCCCAAAGGUGAACUACCCGACCGUGCCCGCAGCCAGAAGCAACGUCAGCGCUCCGAACUCUUCCAUCGUCGCUCGAAAGCGACUGGGCGGACUUGACGUGUUACGCAGCCCGGUCACGCCGCCACCAGCAUAUCUACAGAAUCAGGACAUGGUAUGGCAAAAGCGAUUCAACCUCGCGAUGGAGGAGAUAAGGCAGCUGCAGAGCCAGGUGCAAGCGUUCAGAAGGGAAGUCGAGGAAUGCAAACGCCCGUUCCGGGAGGGGCAGCCAUCAUCGCAUGUAGAACAGGCACCGAGUGAGAACAGUGAGCUGGAGUCUACGACUCCAAAGGUGCAGAAUCCACCUCUCCUCACCCUAACUUCUCACAAGCCUUCGCCCUCGGUGGUCACUGAUCUAUCCGUGGCGAGCUCCCCGGUGUGGAAGUGCGCAGCCAUCGUCUUGUCGGGCCACUUCCUGGCCUCGUUCCUUCCCAACAUGGCUGUUCGGCUGUUGACUUACGGAUGCGUCACAAACGCGUGCCUUUGGGCGUGUCUAACCCCGAGGUCCAUGGGCACGGGAAUGCCGACUUCAGCGACCACGAAGUUACCGACCUUUGCGAGCUGGAGAUGGUGGUGACGCCCCUAGCUGGAGACGAGAGUCGACCGGGUUUGUUCAGCUAGUGCGUUGUUUCAGAUUGUCCGACUUGUGCAGAUUUAGCGAGUAUUGGAGGAAAUUCCGCGGGUUGCGUAUGAUAUGAAAUUGCAAGGGUUGGCUGGUCGUGCCCACUGUAUCAGUAAGGUCAUUUGUUUGGAAGUUGGAUGUGUUUCCGGCCGCGAGGAGGGAGAAAAUUGCGCUCUUAGGCAAGGGCACCAAGAUCAAAGGCGAUAUAAUUGAUCCUAAC